CAGUCAUUAGGAAAUGCCUCCACAGCCGGCACAGUGACAGCAGCUGUCAGUCCAGCUGGGUGGCUCCCCAUCUGCGGAGGCCUUGGAUAGAAAGACAGACACCACUCUCUCAGACUUGGAUCUCAGUGACUUUGCCCAUUUCCAGAAUUCCAGACACAUCCUCCAGGAAUGGAAAUCUACUUUUACUGAGGUUAAUCAGAACCUUCUGACAGCCUCGAGCCCCCACCUAAGGAGAAUCUGAAGAAUGAUUGAACAUGGCUGCUGAGGCCUGUUCCCUCUGAGGGCCAUGUCAGAAGGGGAAAGCAAAGACAGCUCGGGCAGCGAGUGCCCUGUGUGCUACGAGAAGUUCCGGGAUCUGGAGGGCGCCAGCCGGACGCUGAGCUGCGGCCAUGUGUUCUGCCAUGACUGCUUGGUCAAGUACCUGCUCUCUACCCGGGUGGAUGGACAGGUGCAGAGGACUAUCGUCUGCCCCAUCUGCCGCUAUGUCACCUUCCUCAGCAAGAAGAGCUCCCGGUGGCCCUCCAUGCUGGACAAGAGCUCACAGACCCUGGCCGUGCCUGUGGGCCUGCCCUCCACGCCCUCACCAGACCGCGGAGGCCACACAAACCCCCUGGUUAUUUCCCACCAGGUCUGGAGACAAUCACCAAGCCAGGGGACACAGCUCCCCUUGGACCUGCUGCCCAGCCUGCCCCGAGAGUCACAGAUUUUCAUCAUCAGUCGCCACGGGAUGCCGCUGGGGGAACAGGACAGUGUGCUGCCCCGACGCAGCCUGGCAGAGAUAUCUGAAGCAUCCCCGGCUCCCAGCGCCACCCGCUCUUUCUGCUGCCGGUCUCGGGCCCUCCUGCUCAUCACCCUCAUUGCUGUGGUGGCUGUGGUAGCUGCCAUCCUGCCCUGGGUACUGCUGGUGAGGAAGCAGACCUGAGUGGCGGCUUGUGGAGGACUGGGGAGCCAGGCCCAGUAUCUAAGCUCUACUCCAUGCUGUGCUGGCCAUAGCUUGGGAGAGGGCAGAGGGUCCUAGUGUAGACCUGGUAUAAUCUAGAGAGGGAGGUCCUGGACAGGGGUGGGGCCAGAUUGGAAGGGUAAGGGCUUUGUCUCCACGCUUUUCAUCCCUUGUCAGUGAGGGCUUUGGCAUGAGGAGAAGCUAGGGACCGAGAUACUCUGAGGCUAGCACUGAACGACCAACACCCUAUUUGUAGCCCCAUACAACAAACACCGUUUUUCUAGGCUGGAACUUAGCAAGCUAGAAGCUCUCCUAAAGGGUCAUUAACCUUACCUGCCCAGUAACCAACCUGAAGCCAGGUAGACCUACUAGGCACAAGAAGUCCUAGCAGGACCUGCCAGGUGGGAGCCCAGUGGAAGGUGUGUUCCAGGUCAGAAUUCCCUCCCACAGCAGCACCCCAGGGAGAACAGAAGUUGAUACAGGGUCCUAGCUCCAGUGUCCCAGCACCUUAGCUUCACAUCUGAACCUCAAACAGCCAGCUGCAAAGUGUUCCUAUGCCUCCAACCCAUCAUCUUGAAAGAGAACGAUGAUCUCAGAAGCUUUAGCCAGGAUGGGGCAUGGCGGGGCCACGGAGAAAGGGUUUUCUGGGUAGUCAGUUCAACAGGAAACACUCGAAAGAGGCCACCGUUAACGGAGUAGCUAUGGUCUUAGAGGUUUCUGUAAACUGCCGGGCCCAAGGAGCAGACCCGAUUUGGAGUCUUAGGGUUCUCCAGGGUGAAGUAGAAGACAAGGGCUGGAGGGGACGCCCUCCAGGUGAGACUUGAGUCAGCGGAGAGCUAUGUGAGCAAAUUAACCCCUGGGGGCUCCCGCCUUCCUCCCUGCCAUGUCCACCUCCUCAUGAUCCAACCACUCAUUAGACGCCACACCAGCUGGGCCAGUUCCCCGGGUGGAUUCUCCAGGGCUGAGCUGGGUGAGGAAGGGUGGGGAAGUAAACAGCUGAGCUCGUCAGCUGUCUCAACAGAGGCUGAUAGUCAGGCCCUGCACCCUGGAGUGGCUGGGUACCUCACUGACGCCUAUAAGGAAAGCCUCAGAGUGGAUCUCUCUUGAGGAAAUCCUCAAGGAAGCUAAUCCUUUGUCACCGAAAACAACAGGGACUUCCAGCUACUGUCACAAAUAAGAGGGGUUUGGCAUCCGGAAUGUGCCAGUAGCUGGGCCCAUCCACAACUUCUACACAGAAGUUCGCUAUCUGUGCAGAGGGAAAUAACACUGUGCCUUGUAGCUACUUCUCAGAUGUCUGCCGUGGUUGACAUCUGGGUGACCAUCGGAGAAGAGCCUCCCCCAACAAGGGAUGUUUGUCACAAAGUGGCUGUUGCUGUCAGGUGCCCAGCAGUGGAUUUAUACUCUGUGUGGAGAACACAGGUGCUGUGCAGAUGUGGAGGGAACAGGUAGAUGGAGGGGGUUGGGGGAGAUGGGAGGGGCGAUAUUUAUUAUAGAAACAAAAGGAACUUUGCACACUUGCGUGUCUGUGUCCACCUUGGCCAGGCUGUGCUCUCAGGGCCAUGAGAGUCAAGGGAACAGAUAAACCUGCAGAUUGUGUUGUGUUUGCCGAGGCCCUUCGCAAACACCUGCCAUGUUUUCGUGUUGUUCAGCUGAACUUGUACAGGCUGCUUCUUUCGUUUUCAAAUAAAGGUGGAAAGCCAUUUUUAAAAUAAAAGUAUAUAUUUUC